AUGCUCUCAAGAUGUAGUGUCCGCUUACUCCUAGUUAUUCUGCAGAUUGUUGUUGGCUGCACUCUGACAGCAGUAUCUACGUAUGUACAUCUGUUUAUACCGGCAAUGCGACUCCGAGAGAAACCAUUCUGGGCAGGCGUACCGCUUCUUCUAGCCGGUUUCAGUGGUAUAUUUUACAUUGAAGGAGACAAGAAGAAAGAGGAAGGAUCCACAAUUCUCUUUAUAUUGAAAACAGCCUGCAGCGCCCUAGCGGCAGUCUCAGUAUUUGUAUGUAUUACUGCGGCUGUGUUUUGUGGCAUUCAUGUUGGCCAGCUGUUCACAUAUGCCUACUGCAAGCAUAUGAUCAACGGCUGUGUAUGCUAUGAGACACAUGGCUCCCAGAGCAAAUCUCAUCUGUAUACACCAGUAGAAGACUGCUUCGUGGUUUACUGCCACAUCAAGAUUUUCCUCAUCACAAUCGGCAGCCUUGCCAUCCUAGGUGGCUUCUCUGCUUUAUUCUUCGUUAUCUCGAUCUGGAAAUCAAGAUAUGGGGAAAUCAAUGCGGCCGUGGAAUUGGGGGAAUGA